CAUACAUCUCGCCCAUAAGUCUCUGAAGAAUUCGCCCAAAAAGACCAGUGAGAUGGAGGAAAAACUAAGAGACUCCACAGGAACUCCGCCGCCCUCCGCCACCGUAGCUCAGUCGAAGCCUCCUGAGGCUCUGCCCUCGGAGCAGCCCACCUCAAGGCGGAGAGGCGGUGGCCACAAGCGGAAAUCGGCCUCCAUUAACAGUGGCGGUGGUUCAUCUACUCAGACCAUUUCCUCCAAGCGCCAGGCCCGAGAGAAGCCAUCUCCGGUGUCAUUUCCUCCGAUCCACCACAAUGGACCAUUCACUAGGGCUAGGGUGCAGCCGAACAACAACGGUGUGUCGGUGGUGGAGCCAACGGAGCGAGGUCGCAUAGAAACCUCGGUGAAGAAAGAGGAUUCGAUUGAAGUGAACGAAAAUCGGGAGGCUUUGGAGGCGAAGAUUGAGGCUGAGUAUGAGGCCAUUAGAUCGAGAGAUGCAAAUGUCCAUGUGGUGCCUACUCAUGCCGGAUGGUUUUCAUGGGGAAAAAUUCAUCCCCUAGAAGAGAGAAUGCUUCCAUCUUUCUUUAAUGGGAAAUCUGAGAGUAGGACUCCUGAUAUAUAUAUGGAGAUACGGAAUUCUAUCUUAAAGAAGUUUCAUUUCAAUCCCAAUGCACAGAUAGGGUUGAAAGAUUUAGCCGAACUCACAGUUGGAGAAUUGGAAGCUAGGAAAGAGGUGAUGGAAUUCUUGGAUUAUUGGGGUUUGAUUAAUUACCACCCAUUCCCAUCCAAUGGAUCUGAUGCAUUUGGUCCUGAUUCUGAUGUCAAUGCCAGUGCUGAUGCUGAUGAACCCCAAAAAACAGAUUCUUUAGUUGAGAAACUCUUUCGUUUUGAAACAGAGCAAUCACGGACUCCAGUUGUUCCCAGAUUUAACCUGGCAACACCAGCUAUGUCAUCCGGAUUGUUUCCAGAUUCUGUCGUUGCCGAAGAAUUGGUGAAGUCUGACGAGCCUUCAGUCGAGUACCACUGCAACUCUUUUGAGGAUGCAUUUUUCAAUCAUGGUGAUGAAACUGGUGCAACUCCUAAAGAAAAUGGAUGUCCAGUUUCCAGCCAUACUGAUACUUCAGCCUCUAAAAAUGACCAAGAAAAAGAUACUUCAGCUCCUAAAGAUAUCAUUGAGAAAACAGAAAGUCCCGGCAAUGCAAAUAACAAUCAGUCUUCAUGUUGUCCCGUGGAAAUUUCAAAGCCAGAUAAGGACAAUAAAUCUGAUGUUGAACCAGAAGAUGGCGAGAACUGUGCACUGAAAGCACUCAAAGAGGCAUUUGAAGUUGUGGGUACUUAUCCUUCACCUGGAGAAAGACUAUCGUUUGCUGAAGCUGGUAAUCCAGUGAUGACAAUGGCAGCAUUCCUGGUACGAUUGGUGGAACCUAAUAUGGCUACUGCAUCAGUUCGUAACCUUUUAAAAUCACUGUCUGGAAAUUCCAGCGAGCAGCUUGCUGCAAGGCACUGUUUCCGAUUGGAAGAUCCACCAGACAACAAUAAGGAUUCAGUUGACUUGGAAGGAGCAGCAGCUGAAACCAUUGGGCUGCAAGGUCAAAAGGACGAGGAUCUUCGUGCUGAAAAGCAGAAAGCAGAAAAGUCUGAUUCAGUAGUAGGUGAAAGCAGCUCCAAAAAUGAUGCUGAUGAUAACGAAAACAAGGAUUCUGCUACAGAAGAACUGAAACUUGUACUCUCUCCCAGUAAUGAACAUGCAGACGGGUCUUCUGAUGCUGGGAAAGAGCCUGAAGAAAUGAUCAAUCAAGAGGAGGCCCAUACUGCCCCAAUGAUUGAAUCAAGUCCAGAUUUGCCAGAUGAACAGUCAAAAAAAAAUUCAGACGAAUCAGCUAUUUCAACAUCAAUGGUUGAGCUUCCUCCCAAUGCUGCCAAAGAGCCAGGGAAUGAAGCUUCGACGGGGGGUACUUCUAAGUCUAAAGAUCCUCCGAAAGAUGGAGGUAAAUUAUCAGACUCUGGAAAGGAUGAAACCCAGCAAUUGGUAGCACUGAAUUCAGUGACUGAAAAAGAAGAAAUUACAGGUAUAGAUGAAGCAAAAGAAUGUGGUAAUGACGAAAGAGAGCCCUCAGUUAAAGAAGCAAAGGCAUGUGAUAAUGAAAAUAAAGAGAACUCAGUGACCAAGGAUGAUCUUCCUAUUGAUAAGUUAAAGCGAGCUGCAGUAACUGCUGUAUCUGCUGCAGCAGUGAAGGCAAAGCUCCUCGCAGACCAAGAAGAGGAUCAUAUUCGCGAGCUUGCUGCAUUGUUAAUAGAAAAGCAGUUACACAAGCUGGAGACUAAGUUGGCUUUCUUUAAUGAUAUGGAAAAUGUGGCAAUGAGGGUCAAGGAACAGUUGGAUAGGUCAAAGCAGAGGCUGCUCCAUGAGAGAGCGCAGAUUAUUGCAACACGGCUUGGCAUAUCUGCCUCCUCAGCUCGUCCUAUGUCUCAGUCUUUACCACCCAACAGAGUUGGAAUGAAUGUUCCAAACUCGGUAUCAAGAGCCUUUAUGGGCAUGCCAUCCUUAAGGCCUCCAAUUUCAAGGCCAAUGAUGGCAUCAAAUCCUACUUCAGGCUCUUUUACGUCGGCAAUGAUGACAGGAAGUUCCAUGCAAACUAACCCAGAUAAGCUUUCCUCGGUUGGCAGAAAGUAGUUCUUGCUCUAGUAAAAUUGGGAAUAUCUCUCUGAGGACCAGAUAUUUGCUUCGUAUCUUUUACCAACUUGGUGAACGGAUCUUUCUUCUAGCCAUGUGAUAAGAGACGUCCAAAAAUCUGGGAAUUUGCUGGCAAAUGCGACAAUUUCGCCGCAAGGAUUGCAACUUUUGUUACAAAUCAUUUAUUGCAUUUCCUUGAGUGGAAAAAUAUCCAUUAGAUGCUAAUCUUCUACAGCUGAUUGAUGUAAGUAGGAUUUUCUAAGAGAUGGCAUCAGAGAGACCAUCUCUUUUACUUGCAGCAAUUGUUGAACUUAAAUUUUUGACCAUUUUCUAGUCAAGUAGGUAGGGAGGUUAACUUGUACGACCGAAGUUGUGUAAAUCUGUUGUAGAUUCAUAUAUUUAUGUUUUCUGCUCAAAAGUGAAUUUCCUAAACAGCUUACCACGUAUCUCUAGUAUCA